AAUUUUGUCCACCAUUGGUCAGGUGUUUUAGAUUAAUGCACAUGUCACUAAAAGUCUUCUACCUGCGAUGGGAUCGAACUUGCACCUCUUGUAUGCAAACCGCAAGGCCACCACGACAAUAUUAGUAUUCAUUUACAAAAAUACACUAAAUCGCAUCAGUUACGUAACUUGAAAGACUGAACGGCCGAAACAGAAGAGCUUGUUAAACUGAAUUCAAUAAUUUAGUACUUUAAAAACUUAAAUAGCAAGCCUACAAUAUUUUGUCUUUAUUUCCGUGUAGGUCAUGUGUAGGGUGAACAAACAAACCUAUAAAAUAUGUUACAUAUAAUGUACAGAUUAUAUUAUUAUCUCUGACAUAUGGACGUUUAAUAGUAUGUAACGUAUCUCCGGAUCCACUGUUUGCGUCCGAGAGUACUUGCGAGCGGUUCUCUGAGAAAUGUGGAAAUACAUAGUGUUUGCAUUUUGUUCUUUACUAGUUUUUGCCGCGGCCCCCCCACCAUCGGAGACUCACCGUUAUCGCACAGAUUACGAAUACAAUAAACGCACAAAUGCCUUCUACAAGUUACAUAUAGAGGUUAAUCGUUACGGCCGGAGUCAAGACGUGUGCAGGAUCGAGGGCGCGCAGCUCAUGGUCCCCAGCACGGACGAGGAUAUAGCACAGCUGCAUGGCAUGUUCAAGUACUAUCCCGACCUUGGGGAUUACGUGUGGGUGGGCAACGAUGGUCAGCAGCAUGAGUCCGCCGAAGUUUCACCCAUAAUUGACUUAACCCGGUUAGAGUCAAUGAUGGACAACUCGGACCUAUUGGACGCGACGGGCUGUGACGUGGUCACACGUAAGGGAGAAAUAGACACCCUCCCUUGUUACCACAGGUUGCCUUUCAUAUGUAAGGUGGAAGCCAAAGACGCUCCGUACGAUCGACACUGCGAUGUAUACGGCAAAGAUUACAGGUACUAUCAAUCAGUGGGCAGUUGCUACGCAAUUCCCAAGAUCCCUUACUCGUGGCCGCAGGCGUACGACGAUUGCCAGGCACAGGGUGCACACCUGGUCGUGCUGAACUCGCAGGCGGAGCACGACGCGGUGUACAACCUGACCAACACGGAGCCCCACGUGCCGGGGGCCAGGGCCUACUACUUCUUCUUCGCAGGAUACAGGGCUGAUGUCCCAGUGGGAAACGCUACUGUAGUCUUCAAGACUAUUUUUAAUCAAACAUUAGAGGAAGCAGGCUACAAUGGAUGGUCGGAGAACGAGCCCAACAACGCUCAGGGCAGAGAAUAUUGCGGCUCGAUAUUCAAAAACGAUGGCAAACUCAAUGAUCUAGAAUGUGCGCAUGAGUUCGGAUACAUAUGCGAAAAGGAGGUGCAUUGACAUGAGUUCUUGAAAAUGUCGUAUAUAACCUAAUGGCUAUCACUGUCAUGUUUACAUAACGAUAAUGAACAAAAAUUGGUACGAAGUGGGCUAACUCCUGAAACUGUCUUGAUCGUAGUUUCGUUUCUGAUUUUCUUUCAAAUUGUGAACGAUCCUGAAAUGGUACUCAUCAUCGGCCUAGCUUUUUCCCAACUAUGUCGGGGUCGGCAGCCAGUCUGCCCAGUUGCAGUACUAUUGGCCCAUGAACCAGUGCCGAUCUAGUUUUAUCUGCGUUGUUAGUUGUUGAUUGCGCUUAGUCCCACAUCAUACCACUGCAUUGAAUUAGCGCUAGUGUCGUGAUCCAGAACAACAACAUGAUCUCAAUUUGGUUGAUUUGUGACCGUGACGGUCAAAAGGUGUAUACGACAAAAUAAUACCUAUUAGUCGAGUGAGUAAUAGAUAGUCAAGUGAGUAAGUCAGCUUUAUUUCCAAUAACUUUUUAAAUUUGAAAAUGUUAGUGAUGCAGACAAUUGCUAUGCGAA